AUGACGGCCGGGACGCGCCCGCUAACGACAGCGCUAAGAGGACGUGUGACAGCUAAUUAUCCAGACGUCGGCCGCACGCAGGCCGCCGGCGUUUGGCACCGGCGUCUCUUCUCGCGCACGCCGCCCGUCUCUGGCCAGGAGAGCCGGGGGUUCUCAGAGUUGCCAACCCCCAGAGCCAGACCCCCAGAGUCCAGACCCCCAGAGUCAGACCCCCAGAGCCAGACCCCCAGAGUCAGACCCCCAGAGUCCAGACCCCCAGAGUCAGACCCCCAGAGCCAGACCCCCAGAGCCAGACCCCCAGAGCCAGACCCCCAGAGUCCAGACCCCCAGAGUCAGACCCCCAGAGCCAGACCCCCAGAGCUAGACCCCCAGAGCCAGACCCCCAGAGCUAGACCCCCAGAGCCAGACCCCCAGAGCCAGACCCCCAGAGCCAGACCCACAGACCCCCAGAGCCAGACCCCCAGAGCCAGACCCCCAGAGCUAGACCCCCAGAGCCAGACCCCCAGAGCUAGACCCCCAGAGCCAGACCCCCAGAACCAGACCCCCAGAGCCAGACCCCCAGAGACAGACCCACAGACCCCCAGAGUCAGACCCCCAGAGUCAGACCCCCAGAGUCCAGACCCCCAGACCCCCAGAGCCAGACCCCAGAGUCAGACCCCCAGAGCCAGACCCCCAGAGUCCAGACCCCAAGACCCCCAUAGCCAGACCCCCAGACCCCAAGACCCCCAGAGCCAGACUCCCAGAGUCCAGACCCCCAGAGCUAGACCCCCAGAGCUAGACUCCCAGAGUCCAGACCCCCAGACCCCCAGAGCUAGACUCCCAGAGUCCAGACCCCCAGAGCUAGACCCCCAGAGUCCAGACCCCCAGAGCUAG